CGGGAAUGCGAGUCGGGAUUGGCCGGCUCGCGCCCCGCUUUCCAGCGUGCCGGGCAGCAGGAAGCGGCGGCGGUGGAGCGAGAAGCGGCGCGGCGAGGAGCUGCUCCCGAUCAGGCCUUUUGCCAUGGAAGCUGAGGAAACGAUGGAAUGUAUCCAGGAAUUCCCUGAACACUAUAAAGUUAUUUUGGAUAGACUGAAUGAACAACGUGAGCAGGACCAGUUUACGGAUAUCACUCUGAUUGUCGAUGGUCAUCAUUUUAAAGCUCAUAAGGCAGUUCUUGCUGCCUGUAGCCAGUUCUUCCAUAAAUUCUUCCAAGAUUUCACUCAGGAGCCUUUGGUGGAGAUUGAAGGUGUAAGUAACAUGGCAUUUCGUCACUUAAUUGAGUUCACCUAUACAGCAAAACUAAUGGUACAAGGUGAGGAAGAAGCAAAUGAUGUUUGGAAAGCUGCAGAGUAUCUACAAAUGCUAGAAGCAAUCAAAGCACUUGAAAUCAGGAACAAAGAAAAUUCAUCACCCUUAGAAUCAAAUGAAGCACAAGCUAAAAGUAAGCCAAAAAAGAGGAAGAUUGCUGAAACCUCUAAUGUUAUCACAGAAACACUGCCAUCUGCAGAAUCAGAACCUGUUGAAAUUGAGGUUGAGAUUGCUGAAGGGACGAUGAAAGUGGAAGAUGACAGCAUUGAAACCCUUGAAGAAGUAGCUUCUGCAGAGCAAUCCAUAAAAUACAUACAGACAACAGGUACAUCAGAUGAAUCUGCUUUGGCUCUUUUGGCAGAUAUCACCAGCAAGUAUCGUCAGGGAGAGAGAAAAUGCCAGAUCCAAGAAGAAGGUGAUAGUGCAACUGACCCCUCGUGCAAACAGGUAGAAGGUAUUGAAAUUGUGGAACUUCAGCUGUCACACAUGAACAAUUUAUUCCACUGUGAGAAAUGUAACCGUUCAUUUAAAUUGUUUUACCAUUUUAAGGAACACAUGAAAACACACUCUACUGAGAAUUACAAGUGUGACAUAUGCAAUAAAAGAUACCUACGAGAGAGUGCUUUGAAACAGCACCUCACCUGUUACCACCUUGAUGAAGGUGGUGCCAGCAGGAAGCAAAGACCUGGCAAGAAAAUACAUGUAUGCCAGUACUGUGACAAGCAGUUUGACCACUUUGGGCAUUUUAAAGAGCACCUUCGGAAGCACACAGGUGAAAAACCCUUUGAAUGUCCAAACUGCCAUGAACGUUUCGCCAGGAAUAGCACUCUCAAAUGUCACCUGACAGCCUGUCAGUCUGGAGCUGGUGCUAAAAAAGGAAGAAAGAAGCUCUAUGAAUGUCAGGUUUGUAACAGCGUGUUUAACAGCUGGGAUCAGUUCAAAGACCACUUGGUAAUACACACUGGUGACAAACCCAACCACUGUACCUUAUGUGAUUUGUGGUUUAUGCAAGGCAGUGAGCUGAGAAGGCAUCUCAAAGAAAUGCACAAUAUUUCAGAACUAGUAGUGACAGAAGAGGUUCUUCCAGUGGAAGCUAUGGAAGCUGAACCAGUAACAUCAAUGACAAUAAUAGAACAAGUUGAGCAAGUGCAUGUCUUACCAGUAAUUCAAGUACAAGUGGAUCCUGCACAGGUAACUGUGGAACAGAUGCACCAGGAUCUCAUACAGGACAAUCAAGUGAAAGGCACACAGAUGGAGGAACUACAGGAACAGGUGCAGAUUAGUUACCUGGAAGUUGAACACAUUCAGACUGAACAAGGUGCUGAAGUUCAUGUGGAGCAGUUACAUGUCGAGCACGUAAAUCAAAUACAGAUGGAAGAAGUACAGGCAGAACUUAUAGAUGGAACAGACCUUGAACAAGUAGAAUAUCAAAGUGUUGAUCAAGGAGAAGCAGAAGAACAGGAUCAUAAUCAAGUGGAUGAUGCAGAUAAGGAACAUAAUGAGCAAGCUGAAGACUUAAAAACACAAUUAAUGGACACACAAAAUGCAAAAGUGGAUGACUAGGACAAAUAAUGACACUGCAGUUUUAAGAAUGAAAUACCAAAUUAUUUUUGUUAACUUUUACAUUGGGUUUUGAACCGUCACUGGUCACCUUUCCAGUAUGCUGUCCAUAGAAAGCUGGACAAGUGGACCAAAAUUAGCUUUCGUCAUGUACAAUUAGACUUCUCUCAUAUGUGAAAAAUACUUCCCCAUUCAUGUAGUGCCAUGGAACAGAAACUACCACAGACACGGACAACUUUGUGGGAUUUUUUUGCAAUGAAUAGCUUGUAUCAUUGUUACACCAUUCCUGGGCAUAAGUAAAAGUAAUUUCACCUCUUUUCCUCUUGCAGUAGAAGCAAAGUCUUGUAAAAAUUUGCAGGAUAUCUGCAGCAGGAGAAUCAGUAAAAUCUGAGGGGUUCUGCUGUAAGUGGCAAUUACGUAUCUGUGAAUUUUUGGAUCUUAACUUUCAGGCUGGGCUAAAAGCACUGUUGCUGGAGGUCUCUGAGCACAAAAGUCCUGUGCCUUUUCAACACUGAGUGGUUAAAUUUCCACAAAGUUUCUAGGGUUUUUGAGAACUUAGUUCUGUAAAAGGCAACGUAGGUAAUGUUAUAGUGCUUUAUAUUUUUGCUUGAAAUUGCCAGUUACUGAUUUUCUUUUUGCAUUACAUUUAGAGGCGGGGGGGCUGAGGGAGGGAACAGACGUCACUUGGAGGCAGCAGGACACUCUAAAAGGGACACUUAAAAAUAGGAAAGGCUUAGUAGAGUCUGAUAAACAUGAUUUGGAAGAAAGCUACGAGCAGGCUCUUCUUUUAUAAAUAAUCAUUUUUGAAAAUGAAUAUGUUUAAACAUAAAUAUAGAAACUUGUCUAUAUGCUAUCAGGUUCUUGGUUUUUUUUUUAAAUGAAAUUCUGACACUUGACAAAAAGAUGUGCUAAACAUAAAAGUAAAAGCCAUAGGUAUGAGUGCUAAACUGUGGAUUGAAAAGUAGAAGUGUAAAUAGUUUAAUCAAUAUUAGAAAAUAAAACAAUACCAACCAUUAAAUGUUGCAUUAUUUAUUUCAUCCAAUAUAUUAGGAACAACUGAGUGACUGGCAGUUAAGUGCCAAGUUCCAGUGUUAAGGAUCAAUCUAAUUUUUAAUAUGAUUAAUAGCUUUUUACUGUAAAGUUAGAUUCGUUUAGAGAAUGCUUGUCUAUGGUCAAAGAUGUUAAGAAUGUCUUAAUUACUGCUGGAGAUUAGAGGUGCUCCAAACUCCUGAAGAAACUUUUAUUUUCAAAGCCUUAAAUGAAUGGAAGAAUUUUUGCAAGGACAGUCUCUACUGCUCUUGGUAAUACUAUAGCUCUUACUUAAAAUCAGGCUUUUCUAUUCAAUCUUCAAAUGCAGAACUGUUUCCUGGGAUUUGUGCUUUUAUUUAGUUUCAUUCAAUAUUACUGUGUUUCAUCAUGGCCUUUGAGAAACUGUUGCAAAAGAAACAUGGAUCUCAAUUAAAAUUUCAAACAAUUUGAUUAA